AUGGCAACGGCCACAAUGGCGACGGCUGCCGGCGCCGCCGCGCUGCUCUACUACACGCUGAACCGCCGGCUGCACACGGAGAAGCUGGACAGGGAAGGGGACUCGGAUGGCGAGAAUGGCAGGGAUGCGGCGGCGGGCGGCGCGCUCGAGUCCCAUAGCAUGAGCCGGGUGUCGCGGAGGGACGUGCGCGCCCCCGCCACCUGGCUGGAAACCAUCUCGACUCUGUCGGAGACGCUGCGCUUCACGUACUCUGAGACCCUUGGGAAGUGGCCCAUUGGGGACCUUGCUUUCGGGAUCAGCUUCCUCCUCAAGAGACAGGGAAACUUAUCUGUAGCAAGCAUAUAUGCUGGAGAUGAUAGUGUGGAGCUCAAAGGAGCUUCAGUAGUUACGGACUUGAAGUAUCUUUUGAAUUUGUUGACACUGUGUUGGCAUUUUUCCAAAAAGCCAUUCCCGUUAUUUUUGGAAGCUACUGGCUACUCCAUGGAGGAUGUUCUCAUGCAAGAACCUAAAGCAGGAAUUUUGAAGCCAGCUUUCACCAUUUUACUUGAUAGAGACAGACAAUGUAUACUUCUACUAAUUAGAGGCACCCAUAGUAUCAGGGAUACCCUGACAGCUGCUACGGGUGCUGUGGUUCCAUUCCACCAUACAAUAGUCAAAGAAGGUGGUGUUAGUGAUCUAGUUUUAGGGUAUGCACAUUUUGGGAUGGUUGCAGCGGCUAGAUGGAUUGCAAAGCUUGCAACUCCUUGUCUCACUGAAGCAUUACGUUUGUAUCCAGAUUAUAAAAUAAAGGUUGUUGGACAUUCACUUGGAGGUGGUACAGCAGCUCUCUUGACAUAUGUCCUGAGGGAACAGCAGGAGUUUGCCUCUGCUACUUGCGUGUCAUUUGCUCCAGCUGCUUGUAUGACAUGGGAGCUGGCUGAGUCGGGAGUACAUUUUAUCACUACAGUCAUCAAUGGAGCUGAUUUGGUGCCAACAUUUUCGGCAGCGGCAGUAGAUGAUCUUCGUUCAGAGGUGACGGCAUCUGCCUGGCUGAAUGAUCUCCGUCACCAAAUCGAGCAAACUAGAAUCCUGAGCACUUUCUAUCGAUCUGCAUCUGCCUUGGGAUCGCGACUUCCUUCUAUGGCAAAUGCUAAAGCUAGAGUAGCUGGUGCUGGUGCCAUCCUAAGACCUGUAUCUAAUGGGACACAGGUUGUAAUGAGGAGAGCUCGCAGUGUAGCACAAGCAGCGUGGACAAGACCGGGGCUACAACUAUCCUCAUGGGCUUGUAUUGGGCCAAGGCGACGGAAUACUACCUCAAUUGUCACAUCAGAAGAAAUAACAACUUCCACUACCAACGGUGGCUCUGAAUCCACUUCACUAUUGACUGAGACCACGAUGGAAACCAGAGAGAUAGUUACAUCUGAAACCACGCAGUAUGCUGCAUCAGAAGAGGUCCAGAGCACCAUCUUGGCAUCCGAUGCUGUUGGUACUUUGGAUGACAAGGUAGAUAGUGACGGUGAAGACAUCAUCGAUCAUCACGUGGAUGAGGACAGGAUCACCGAAGUGGAGCUGUGGCAACAACUUGAAAACGAGCUGUACCGGAAAAGGGAAGGGGAGAACAACAUAGUGGAAGAGAUGACUGAAAGUAACAUCGCCGAGGAAGUUGGCGGCAGAGCUCAAGAUGUCCUCAGUGAACCCAACGAGAAGGAGGUCCACAGAUUCUACCCGCCCGGGAAAAUCAUGCAUGUAAUAACCUCCACAAGAGAAGCAGUCAUAGACGACGAUGACGAGACCAGUGUUCACGAGGAUGAAGAGCCCGACCUUCACCAAGUUGAUGCUACCGGGGAGUCGGAGACAAGCAUAGGAAUCUUCUUGACACCAAGAUCUCUGUACGGCAAGCUGAGGCUGUCGAAGAUGAUGAUCAACGAUCAUUACAUGCCGAUGUACAGAAGAAACAUCGAGCAGUUGGUUGCGGAGCUUGAGAAGGACCUGGCUUUGUAG